ACUCAGGCUGAACUCACCUUUGCGGUUGCUUUUCCCUGAAAGAUGAAGUGUGUGCUGGUGGCCACGGAGGGUGCAGAGGUCCUCUUCUACUGGACAGAUGAGGAGUUUGAGAAGACCCUCCGCCUGAAGUUCAGGCAGUCAGGGAAUGAAGAAGAGGAGCUCCCUGCGCUGGAAGACCAGCUCAGCACCCUUCUGGCCCCAGUCAUCAUCUCCUCCAUGACGAUGCUGGAGAAACUCUCAGACACGUACACCUGCUUCUCAACAGAAAACGGCAACCACCUGUAUGUCCUGCACCUGUUUGGAGAGUGCCUGUUCAUCGCCAUCAAUGGAGACCGCAGUGAGAGCGAGGGGGACCUCCGGAGGAAGCUGUGCGUGCUCAAGUACCUGUUCGAGGUGCACUUCGGGCUGGUGACUGUGGACAGCCAGCUCAUCCGGAAGGAGCUUCGUCCCCCUGACCUGGAACAGCGUGCCCGGGUAUGGAAGCACUUUCAGAGGCUGCUGGGGACCUACAGCCACCUACGGGAACAGGAGCAGAGCUUUGCUGUGGAGGCAGUGGAGCGGCUGAUUCACCCACAGCUCUGUGAACUGAGCAUCGAGACGCUAGAGCGCCACGUGGUUCAGGCUGUCAACUCCAGCCCUGAGCGGGGUGGUGAGGAGGCUCUGCACGCCUUCCUGCUUGUGCACUGCAAGCUCCUGGCUUUCUACUCCAGCCAUGGGGCAAGCACCCUGCGCCCUGCAGAUCUCCUGGCUCUCAUCCUUCUGGUUCAGGACUUCCCGCUCACCCGAGGCACCGCAGAGGAGGACGAUGACGACAGUGACAGCCCUCAGGUCUCGGCAGCACAGGGAGAAAGGAGGAGACCCCUAAGCAGCCAAAACAUCCCAGUCCAGCAGGCUAGGAGCCAGAACACCUCAGGUCCCACCAGGAGUUCUGCAGAGACGGACACAGACAGCAUCUCCCUCCCUGAGGAGUACUUCACCCCUGCUCCUUCCCCAGGCGAGCGGAGUUCAGGUAGCUUUACCUGGCUGGAUGGUGGUACCCCGACCACAGAUGUUCUUCAGGUGGCUGAGGACACCCUCCAGGGGCUGGCCCCACACACCCCAGAACUUCCCAGCCCCAGAAGGAUCUUCCUGGAUGCCAACAUAAAAGAAAGCUACUGUCCCUUAGUGCCCCACACCAUGUACUGCCUUCCCCUGUGGCCCGGCAUCAACAUGGUGCUGCUGACCAAGAGUCCCAGCACGCCACUGGCCCUGGUGCUGUACCAACUGCUGGAUGGCUUCUCCCAACUGGAGAAAAAGCUGAAGGAGGGUCAGGAGGCUGGAAGCGCCCUGCGGUCUCAGCCCUUUGUUGGAGACCUGCGCCAGAAGAUGGACAAGUUUAUCAAGAAUCGAGUUGGACAGGAGAUUCAGAGCACCUGGCUGGAGUUUAAGAGCAAGGCCUUUUCUAGAAGUGAACCAGGAUCAUCCUGGGAGCUGCUCCAGGCCUGUGGAAAGCUGAAGCGGCAGCUAUGUGCCAUCUACCGGCUCAGCUUCCUGGCCACUGCACCCAGCAGGGGAGGCCCACACCUGCCCCAGCACCUGCAAGACCAAGCCCAGAAGCUCAUGAAGGAACGACUUCAGGACUGGAAGGACUUCCUGUUGGUGAAGAGCCAGAGGAACAUCACCAUGGUGUCCUACCUGGAUGAUUUUCCAGGCCUGGUUCACUUCAUCUAUGUGGACCGUACAACCGGGCAGAUGGUAGCUCCUUCCCUCAGCAGCAGUGAAAAAAUGUCUUCCGAGUUGGGCAGGGGGCCCCUGGCUGCCUUCGUCAAAACCAAGGUCUGGGCUCUGGUCCGGCUGGCACGCAGAUACCUGCAGAAGGGCUGCACCACACUGCUGUUCCAGGAAGGGGACUUCCGCUGCUCCUACUUCCUGUGGUUCGAGAACGACAUGGGCUACAAACUGCAGAUGAUUGAGGUGCCUGUCCUCUCAGAUGACUCAGUCCCCAUUGGAGUACUGGGAGGUGACUACUACAGGAAGCUUCUGCGCUACUAUAGCAAGAACCGCCCCUCGGAACCCGUCAGGUGCUAUGAACUGCUGAUGCUGCACCUCUCCAUCAUCCCCACUGACCUGCUGGUGCAGCAGGCCAGCCAGCUGGCCCGGCGGCUGGGGGAGGCCUCCCGAGUGACCCUGCCCUAGCCCAGAGUGCGCCUAUCUUCAGCCACCUUGCUUGCAGGCAUUCCCCACACAGCUAGGCCUCUUCCCAUCCCAGCAGCUACUAGAUGAGGGGCAGGCACCCC